AUGGCUGUCUUGCAUAUAGAAGAGGGUGGUCCCAAUGAAUUUAAUCCAUGGAAUGUGUAUUUUGAUGGAGCAUCCAAUGCUUUGGGGCACGGAAUUGGGGCAGUGUUGAUUUCUCCAAAUGGAAAGUACUAUCCAGCCACGACAAGACUGAAUUUCAAUUGUACUAACAAUAUGGCGGAGUAUGAGGCGUUGGUAAUGGGAUUACAAGCAGCGAUUGAGAUGAAGGCUGACGCGAUAGAUGUUUACGGAGAUUCGGCUUUAGUGAUAUGUCAAAUGAGAGGCGAAUGGAAAACUAGAGAUUCUAAACUAAUUCCAUAUAAAAAGCUGGUUACAGAAUUAAGCAAACAGUUCAAAGAAAUCAGCUUCAACCAUUUGCCUCGAGAAGAGAAUCAGAUUGCUGAUGCUUUGGCCACCCUCGCAGCGAUGUUCAAAAUAAAAGAGGCGGUUGAUGUACGCCUUUUUUAUUUAGAAGUCCGUGAAGUCUCCGCACACUGCUUGAAUGUUAAAGAAGAGGUUGAUGGUAAGCCGUGGUAUCAUGAUAUCAUGCAAUACAUCAAGCACCAUGCAUAUCCUGAGAAUGUCACGGACAAUGACAAGCAAACUUUUAGAAGAUUAGCAAUGGGUUUCUUCCUUAGCGGAGAAGUGCUCUACAAAAAGAGUCGAGAUCAAAUACUCUUGAGAUGUGUGGAUGUUGCGGAAGCCAACAAAAUAAUGAAAGAAGUCCACGAAGGAACUUGUGGAGCUCAUGCUAAUGGACAUAUGUUGGCUAGACAAAUUAUGAGAGCUGGUUAUUAUUGGUUGACAUUGGAAUCAGACUGCAUAAACUUUGCUCGAAAAUGA